AUGAAAGUUCUCUCAGUAUUUAUGAUGCUUGUUUUCGGUACAUUCGGCGGAAAUCUGCAACAUUACGAUCGUGAAUUGUCGACAAUUAAACUGCUGUAUUAUAGUCCCACCAUCACCUGGUACGAUGAUCCAAUUGAGAUAACGCGAGAAUGGAAAUACGUUGGUGACAUUUCCCCUUCUCGCAAAUAUUUAAAACUUCUAAUUCACGGUUGGAAUGCUGAUUCAGAUCACGUUGCUUUGGAAACUGUUAAAAAUUCCUACAUGAAGAUUAAUACGAGUCACCUUCUGAUGGCAGACUGGAGAGAAAUUGCAAGUAUGCGUUACAUAACAGCUCGUGAACUAAUUCCACUCAUAGGAAAGCAGAUUUGUCAGCUUUUAAGAAAGUUUGUUGAACAAGCUUUAAUCGGUCCCGAUAGGAUGCACAUUAUUGGUCACAGUUUGGGCGCACAUAUUGCGACACAUGUUGGACGAUGUUUUAACGGAGAGAUUUCCAGAAUGACAGCAUUGGAUCCGGCUGGUCCACUUUUCAACUCAAUCAGUGUCGAUGCACUUAAUAAGAAUGACUUUAAAUUUGUUGAUUCCAUUCACACAUCAGCGGGUUUUGCAGGUGAAUUUGAAAUGAGAUCACAUGCAGAUUUUUAUCCCAAUGAUGGAAAAGCACCGCAACCUGGUUGUGAGCUUCUUGACGUUUUGACUUUGUCAGGUUGCAGCCAUUUCCGAGCACCGCUCUAUUUCUCGGAAUCCAUUUUAAUUCCUCAAUCGUUCAAUGCAUUUAAAUGCGAUUUAUUGUUCAUCAAAUCACAAACAUGUCUCAAUUUCUUCAAUGCAUCUGACAUGAUUGUCAUGGGUGAGCAAAUUGACAAAAGGAUAAGCGGUUCGUUCUAUUUGGAAUCAUUUAGCACAUUUCCAUAUGGAAAAAGUUCAUACCCAGCGAUAAAAGAAGUUUAACGAACAGC